AUGGCUCCCAAACCAUCGGCAGAGGGGGCGGAGCUCAUCGAAACCUUCAAGUCUAUCGGACUCUCGCAAGCCAAGGCCGCGGAAGCUGCGAAAAGCGCGAAGAGCGCCGCUGUGUUGAAGGACGUGAUCGCGCGGCACGAUCUCGCGCACAAGGGCUUGGACGAGAAACAGGCCUCGCUGAUCUCCACCCUGGCCGUCUCCGGUGUCAAGCUAUCGGACGACGAGCGUGACUACGUCGUGCGGGGCGUGCUCGACGGCAGGCUCAAGGCGACGGACCAGGUGAACGCCGCCGUCAAGUACCUCGACUCCCACCCUCUGCCCGUCGACGACAAGGUAUUUGACAAGGCGUGCGGUGUCGGAUUCACGAUCACACCCGAGGAGCUCUACUCGUCCGUCACCGGAUAUCUGCAGACAAAUGCCGUCGCAGGCUGGGCCAACAUGAAUCAGGUCAUCGGCGCGCUCAAGGGCACCGAUCUGCGCUGGGCGAACGCUUUGGAGCUCAAGUCCACCGUCGAGCGCGCCUUCACAGAGGCUUUCGGACAGAAGGAGGCUGCAAAGCCAAAGACAAAGGAAUCCAAGAAAGCCGCCGCUUCUAAGACGGCAGAGGCAGAGGCCUCCUCGACUUCAACACGCUCAGUCUUUGACGAGGGUUUCCUCGGCAAGCUCCACAAGCCUGGAGAGAACCCCCAGAUCAAGCCCGAGCUACGCGACGCCCAUCUCCUGACGACCGGUGGCCAAGUCUGGACGCGUUUCCCGCCAGAGCCCAACGGCUUCUUGCACAUCGGCCACUCCAAGGCCAUCUUCGUGAACUUCGGAUACGCUGCACAUCACGGCGGACACUGCUACUUGCGUUACGAUGACACGAAUCCGGAGGCGGAGGAGGCCGUCUACUUUGAGAGUAUCCUGGAAAUGGUCCGCUGGUUGGGUUUCGAACCGUGGAAGAUCACGUAUUCGAGCGACUACUUUGACAAGCUAUACGAACUGGCGGUCGAACUUAUCAAGCGGGACAAGGCCUACGUUUGCCACUGUACUGGCGAGGAAAUCCAUGCUCACCGCGGUGGCGACGACGGUGGAGCGAGAACGGCCUGUGUACACCGUACCCGUCCGAUUGCAGAGUCACUCGCCGAGUUCGAGGGCAUGAAGGACGGCAAGUACAAACCCGGAGAGGCCGUACUCCGUAUGAAGCAGGACCUCGAGGAUGGUAACCCGCAGAUGUGGGAUCUCGCUGCAUACCGCGUCCUUCUCGCCCCACAUCAUCGGACGGGCGAUAAAUGGAAGAUCUACCCGACCUACGACUUCACGCACUGUCUGGUCGAUAGCUUUGAGAACAUUUCUCAUUCUCUUUGCACGGUGGAAUUCAUCCUAUCGCGCGUGUCGUACGAGUGGCUUUGCGAUGCGCUCGAGGUGUACAAACCUCGCCAAUCCGAAUAUGGUCGUCUCAAUCUCCAGGGCACCGUGAUGUCCAAACGGAAGAUCCUUGCGCUUGUCAAAGAGCGCAUCGUGAUGGGCUGGGAUGAUCCCCGCAUGUACACCCUUAUCGCGCUUCGUCGUCGGGGGGUCCCACCCGGGGCCAUCAUCUCUUUCGUCAGUCAGCUUGGCGUGUCGACGUCUCCCUCCAACAUUCAACUCGCCCGCUUCGACCAGACCGUCCGAUCCUACCUCGAGAACUCGGCACCGCGUUUACUGAUGGUCCUACGGCCGCUCAAAGUCACUAUCGAAAAUCUUCCAGAAGACUACGUUCUCAUGGUUGAGAAGCCCUUCCACCCCAAACUCCCCGCCCUCGGGAUGACCACUAUUCCUUUUACGCGUUCACUUUACAUCGAUCGCGAUGACUUCCGCUUGGAGGACUCGCCAGACUAUUUCCGUCUGGCGCCAGGCAAGACGGUCGGUCUCUUCCAGGCACCUCACCCCAUCACUUGUGUCUCGUACAAGGCCGACCCAGCCACGGGAGAUGUUAUCGAGAUCAUCGCUCGCCUAGAGGAUGGCGCGGACGGCAGGCCUGUGAAGAAGCCAAAAGCCUUCAUCCAGUGGGUUGCCGAGCAUGUGCCGAGCGGCUCGCCGGUACGCGUAGACGAAACACGGGUCUUCCACCAGCUAUUCAAAAGCGAUAACCCGGCUGCCGCGCCCGACUUCCGUGCAGAUGUGAACCCGGACAGUCUUGAGGUUAUCAAAGGCGCGCUCGUCGAAGUCGGCUUUUGGACCCUUGCGAAGCGCUCGUACGCUGAAGCGCGACGCGAGAGCAAGGCGCGCACAGAUGCAGCCUUGAGAGAAAACACGACUGUCAAUGCCACGGAGGACACGCCCAAGGUCACCAGCGAGCAACUCGUCGGGCCAGAGUGUGUGCGUUUUCAGGGCCUGCGCACUGCGUACUUCGCUCUCGACAACAAGGAUGGCAAGGUUGCCGCUCUGAAUGAACCGGAAGACACUGCACCCGGGCGCCGUGAUGGUGAUUUCGUUGUACUGAACCGUAUCGUCAGUUUGAAGGAGGACGCCGGGAAGGCCGCGUAG